CUUCAACUUCAUUCUUCCCCCCAUCAUUAUUUCUCCCGACAUUCUCAAUCUUUGCAUGAACUUCUACCCAUAUCCCUGACAUGUGAUAUUUUGCUUCAAACGAGACACUCUUUUUUUGUACUUUGACUGGCAUUGCGUAGGAUCCGGCGUUGUGUAUUCCUCAAAUCUUGCUCCGAGCUUCUGACGUUCCACCGUCAUCACACACAUCAGGCAACCCGAUUAUGCCACCUUUAUAGCCAUAUACUCGCCAACGCCGACAUUCCGACCACAAUAACUCAUCCACGAUGCAGUACGUUCGGAGCUUGGGGAGUGGCGUCUCCAAGACCUGGAAUUCCAUCAAUCCUGCCACGCUGUCUGGUGCCAUCGAUGUCAUUGUUGUCGAACAAGAAGAUGGCACGCUGGCAUGUUCGCCCUUUCAUGUCCGCUUCGGCAAAUUUUCUCUUCUACGGCCGUCGGACAAAAAGGUCGAAUUCAAAGUCAACGGCAACAAACAGAAUUAUGCCAUGAAACUCGGGGAUGGUGGGGAAGCCUUCUUUGUCUUUGAGACGUCAAACGACAUUCCCGAAGCCUUGCAGACCUCCCCUUUGGUAUCUCCAGCCAGCAGUCCCUCGGCUACCGCUGAAGAUCGACCACCCUCACCUAGCUUGUUGGAACCUACGUACCUCGACAUUACGGAAUCUGGGAAACGUAGUCAGACUCCCGAUCCCGUACCCGGUCGGACGGUUCCUCUGAUCAGACGCCAAGGAACAGAUUUGGCCGACCAGACCCUUGCCCAGUCGAUGCCAUCUUCCAAGCUCGAUCUUGCUGCGGGUUCGCUGGAUGAAAAUGCGUUGGACCCUCCUCUGGCGCUGGUACGUUCUGCUUCCGAGGAAAUACUCCCCGUCUCCGCACGAGAAGAGCUCGACUCUGUCAGCGAUGCAUUCCUUCAUAACGGCAUACCAUUGUCCCCAAGGUACAAUCUAGAAGGCUCGAACACACCCAAGGCCUCGGCCAGCCCGCCCGCGUUGCAACCUAGACAAGUAUAUGAUCGUGCUUUGACGUUGUCCAAGAAGCUCUCAAUCUCCAAUAUUCGCUCGCAGGUCACCGAGUCCGGAGACCUGAUGCUGGACAUGACUGGCUACAAAUCUAGUGAAGAUGAAGCCCUUCGUGCUGAAGCAGUUGCACGCAAACUUUUGUCAGAAGAACUAGAGGGCAACUAUGACAUUGGCUCUCUCAUCGGUACAGAUGAGAACGGCAAUUUGUGGAUUUACAGCAGUGAAGAAGCUCGUGAUGCGGCCCUUCGAAAAGCCGCAGGUACCGUGCUAGAGGGAGCCUCUCCGGUCUCUCCUGACAAUGCUUCCGACCCUGGCUAUCACAGCGAUAGUGAGCGAAGCCCGUCCCCAGAACUGCUCGACAAAGGCCAACAAUUAAGCCGCCACCAAAGGGCCCAGUCCGAAGACAUCACCGAAACCCCCCGCAUGUCGAGCGAGCAAAGCCGGAAUUUUGCCAAAACCCUUCGCCUCACGAGUGAUCAGCUGAAAGCGCUCGACCUCAAACCAGGCAGGAAUCAAAUCUCGUUUACCGUCAACCGCGCCACUUGUACAGCAUACAUGUACUACUGGACCUCGGAUGUGCCCAUUGUCAUCUCUGAUAUUGACGGAACAAUCACCAAGUCUGAUGCUUUGGGUCAGCUGCUCAACAUGGUCGGUAGAGAUUGGACACACGCCGGAGUUGCCAAGUUAUAUUCUGACAUUGUGGCAAACGGGUACAACAUCUUGUACCUGACGAGUCGCUCCGUUGGACAAGCUGAUACCACUCGCGCAUACCUGAACGGCAUCGUCCAGGACGGUUGGAGAAUACCUGAAGGGCCGGUGAUUUUGAGCCCCGAUCGGACCAUAGCGGCGUUACGGAGAGAGGUAUAUCUUCGGAAACCCGAAAUGUUCAAGAUGGCGUGUCUUCGGGACAUUCUGGGUCUUUUUCCUGGAAGAACGAACCCGUUCUAUGCCGGGUUUGGCAAUCGCUUUACCGACGCAUUGAGUUAUCGAAGCGUGCACAUCCCUUCGAGUCGAAUCUUCACCAUCAACACCAACGCAGAAGUUUCGUUGGAUCUUUUGACCUUGAACAAGUACCGAAGCAGUUAUGUCUCGAUGCGUGAGGUCGUUGAUCAUUUCUUCCCUCCCGUAUCGACGCUCGUCAAGGAGGGUGGGGAAGAGUACACCGACUUCACAUACUGGCGAGAUUUACCGCAGGAUCUCGAUGAGUUUACCCCCACCGACUCCGAAGAGGACGACGAAGUGGAUGACGACGACGAAACAGACGAAGAGGAGGAAGAAGAGGCCGAGGUUGAAUCCGACAAUGGGUUGGGUGAUAGUUUCAUCUCGAGAGACAGCCUGGACGAUUCUCUGAUGAGCGAGCCUGUUCGUCAGUCUAUCGAAGUGGACGACGCAGCCGACACCCUCGGAGAGUCUUACCUUGACGACGGCGCUGACGACGACGUUGCCGACGAUGCCGACGAUGAAAGAGAAGGUGAUUUCGCAGACGACUACAUUGGCGAAGACGCCUCACAACAGCCUCGACAUGUAGCUUCGCAGACACCGACUCCAAGAUCUCCAAGAAGAUAGAUCACCUUGAGGUCGAGCGGGCUUCUGAGUGGAACCUCUUUAGUAUUGUGAUUAUGCGUGUACGGGCGCGGAUUAUGAGAGCGACGUCAACGAUUACACACCUCAGGUAUUGUUGUUUGGUGGUGAUGCAGACAUGGACAGGAACUCACCAACCUGGUACUUUGCCAGAAACGACCUGCUUUUAAAGAAACUAAAGCAAAGCAACGCAAAGCAUUUGAAAGGCGCUCAAUCAUCAACCUUGAAUGAAUGACCAAAGACAAGAACAUGACGUGUUUGUGUGAAUCUGUUCAGAAUGGUUGUUUUUCCAAGUACUGUAUAAAUAUAUAUGUAAUUGUUAUUACCGCAUGAAGGGAAUGAAAUCUG